AUGGCUUUCAAGCGCAAGCGCUCUGGAUCAGAGCUCUCAUUCAAUUCCUGUAGCGCUUUCAGCUCGCCAUCACGGCCAGACCAAUUCAUAAUGAUGGACAUGGAUAGCGAUAAUAACACGUCACCCCUACGAAGCACCACACCUGCUCAUCUGCCCAGCCGUACCCGUAAGCGCCUUCGCAACAACCGUCCCUCGGACGAGGAAAUCCAUCAACGCACCUUGAGCAUGCUUUACACGGCCCAGAAGCAGCACAUCGCACACCAUAAUCACCUACAACUCUGUCAACUAGGCAACCUUACCAUCCAGCCGCAACCGGAGGCCCAGCCUCAGGCCCCGAUGACACCUUCUCAAGGAGCUCAGGCAUCUCUGCACAACUUUUGGAAGCUACCUAGCUCGACAGCUUCUUCGAACAAUCCAGCACUACCUUCUGUUGAUCACCUAGUCUACGAUGGGCCGACCAAUUGCGAGGACUGUGGUCAAGCGCUUCGGGAAGGGGCGGGUGAUGAUGACUCCAUGGAUAUGGAUGGUUUUGGCGCAGAAGCCCCGACGAGCUGCACUGCCUGCGGAAAACACGUCUGCUCCCAUUGCUCUAUUACCAACUUGGCCCAGCAGCGACGAUGCUUGAUAUGUGCCGGGAAGAAAGUCUGGGUUGGUGGCCUCGGCUGGGCUGGAGUAAAUGGCGUGAGAGUUCAUUAG